GAACGGUUAAUUGCAACAUUGACCGGGUUCAGAAAUUCAUAGUUUCGAAAAAUAUAGUUGUCUUUUUGUUUGCGUUCAGUAUUAACGGUUGGAACUCGGAAGAAGGAUUUGUAUUUGAAUAUUAAAUGUAACGGAGUCAAGGGCUACUGAAAAUUGACCAUUUGGUUGUGUAGACAAUUCUAAUAAAUUGAGUUUACGAUUUUUCAAAGUACGUUGAAUGUCCUGUCAAAAGUGAUUCUCAUAUAUCUUCGUUUUGUAAGACACAAUAUAAGGAAGUUUAAAACCCCAUAGGUUCUAAAAUAUGGAACAAAAUACAGAGUAUAUUAAAUUACCGUUAGAAGAACGAUGUGUGCAUAAGUUAUGGAGAGCACGUUUACAUGGUUAUGAAGAAUGCGUAAACACAUUCCAAUGUAUUGACGAUGAAAAGUCUCCUGAGUGGAAUAAGUAUCUAGGAUUUAUUAAAAAGUUUGUAGUAGAUAGCAAUGCUGCAGCACAAGAAAAAGGAUUGGAGGCAGCAUUAGCUUUUGUUGAAAAUGCUGCGGUAGCAGGAAAGACUGUUGGCGAAGUUAUGAAUGGAAUAGUCUCUAAAUGUAUUGCUGCUCCUAAAGCUAAGACAAAAGAGUUAGCAGUGCAAAUAACAUUAAUGUACAUAGAAAUUGAAAAACAUGAAGCUGUUCAAGAAGAGUUAUUAAAGGGAACGGAUGCAAAAAAUCCAAAAAUUGUUGCAGCAUGUAUUUCCACUCUAACAUUGGCUUUAAGACACUUUGGUCCUAAAGUAAUUAAUAUAAAGCCUUUGAUAAAAAAGAUGCCUAGUUUUCUUGAAGAUAGGGACAAAACGGUCAGAGAUAGUGGCAAAUUCAUGGUUAUUGAAAUUUAUAGGUGGAUAGGUGCUCCUUUAAAACAACAAUUAAAUACACUAAAACCAGUACAAAUCACAGAAUUGGAAGUAGAGUUCAAUAAUUUGAAAGAAGAGAAAGUUAUACCGAAUCGAUUUUUGAAAUCUCAUAAACCAAAAGCAAUAUGUAUUGUAGAUUCAAUGAGUGAGAAUGGUGAAGAUGGUAAAGAUGAUUGCGAUGGCAGCCCUAUUCCAGAAAUUGAUCCUUACGAAUUAUUAGAGCCUGUUGAUAUUCUUUCUAAACUUCCAAAAGAUUUUUAUGACAAAAUUGAAGCUAAAAAAUGGCAAGAGCGAAAGGAAGCUUUAGAAGCUUUGGAGAUUCUAGUAAAAAAUCCUAAGCUUGAGAAUGGUGAUUAUGGUGACGUGGUGAGAGCUUUGAAAAAGGUUAUAUCCAAAGAUACUAACGUACUAGUUGUUGCACUGGCAGGGAAAUGUCUAGCUGGACUAGCUAUAGGUCUUAAAAAACGAUUUCAACCUUAUGCAACAGCUUGUCUAUCGUCAAUUUUAGAAAAGUUUCGCGAAAAGAAACAAAAUGUUGUUCAAGCACUUAAAGAAGCUGCAGAUGCUAUUUUUCUUAGUGUUACUAUUGACAUUAUAUUAGAAGACACACUUGCUGCAUUAGAGAAUAAAAAUCCUGCAGUUAAAGCAGAAACAGCUGCUUAUUUAUCAAGAUGCUUUUCUCGCACACCACCACAAAGUUUGAACAAAAAGUUGUUAAAAGCAUAUACCGGUGUACUUUUAAAAACUUUAAACGAACCAGAUCCAACUGUUCGAGAUAAUUCUGCAGAGGCUAUUGGCACAGCAAUGAAAUUAAUUGGUGAAAAAGCUAUGAUGCCAUUUCUUACUGAUAUUGAUAAUUUGAAAAUGACAAAGAUAAAAGAAUGUGCAGAAAAAGCUGUAAUACACGUUAAAGUUCCUAGUGCGCCAAAAGUGACUGCGGAAAGACCAAACACAGCACCAAGUAAAAUUGAAUCAACACAAAAACCUAAAGAGUUAGAAACAAAAACUCUAAAGAGACCUAAUACUAGCACAGUUAAAAAACCAGCUAAGAAACCAUCUGCUUCGUCUUUGACAAAUUUAGCUGUUUCAAAAAAGCCAUCUGUUACAAAACCACAAACAGAGAAAAAUUAUAGUGUUGAGGAAAUAGAAGAAAUGGCAGUGCAAUUCUUACCACCCGACAUUCUAUCAGGUCUUGUCGAUAGUAAUUGGAAGAAUCGUUUAACAGCAGUUGAACAACUUCUAGAGUCUGUAAAACAAAUGGAUCCAGCAGAAGGAUUUACGCAAGUUAUUGUACGGACCUUAGCAAGAAAGCCAGGUUUUAAAGACACAAAUUUCCAAGUUCUCAAAUUACGAUUGGAAAUAGUAAAAUUCUUGGCAGAAAAUUUUCCAUUUUCAACCACUGUUUGCGAAUAUUGCCUUAUGGACAUAACUGAGAAAUUAGGGGAUGCUAAAAAUAGUACAGUUGCUGGAGAAACUCUUUUAGCAAUAGCAGAGGCAACAAGUUUUGAACAUAUGGCUGAUGAAAUAAUGGCGUUUGCCUUUAAUCAAAAGAAUCCUAAAGUUCAACAAGAAACAUUAACAUUAUUGUGUAAGGGUCUUACAGAAUUUGGUUGUGUUAUCAAUGUCAAAUCUCUAAUGGAAAAUAUAAAAAAAGCAGUUGCAGCAACAAAUCCUGGUGUACGUACUGCAGCCAUUACGUUAUUAGGAACAUUAUAUUUAUAUAUGGGUAAACCAUUGCUUGUAUUUUUUGAGAAUGAGAAACCUGCUUUACGUCAACAAAUUGAACAAGAAUGCGAAAAGCAUAACGGUGAAACUCCUCCAAUAGCAGUUCGUGGAGUAAAAAACAAAAAGGAUAAAAUAAGUGAUGACGAUGAUGAUGUUGAAAUAGAUAAGAAAUCUAAUGCCAAUGAGCUUGACAUUAAUAAUCUCAUUCCACGGAUUGAUGUCAGUAAUCAAAUUUCAGAGAGUCUUCUUAAUGAAUUAUCUGACAAAAAUUGGAAAGUGCGAAAUGAGGGUUUACAAAAAAUAAGUGCUAUUAUCUCAGAGGCAAAAUUCAUAAAAGGCUCUAUUGGCGAUUUACCUCAAGGAUUAGCCUUACGAUUGGUUGACAGUAAUAGCAAAAUAGCACAGUCGACUCUAGGCAUAUGUCAGGUAUUGGCUAUUGCUAUGGGUCCACCAGCAAAACAACAUAUUCGAGUCCUUUUUCCUGGUUUCAUACAAUGUUUGGGUGAUAGUAAAAACUGGAUUAGAACAGCAGCAAUCUCGUGUAUAAACACAUGGGGAGAUCAAUGCGGUUACAAAGAAUUUUUUGACGGAGAAAUAAUAGGAGAUGCUCUAAAAUCUGGAUCACCGGUACUUAGGGCCGAAGUUUGGAAUUGGUUAGCACAAAAAUUACCGCUGAUUCCUGUAAAACAGAUAUCGAAAGAAGAACUUCUCGUAUGUCUUCCAUAUUUGUACAGUAAUUUAGAAGAUCGUAAUUCUGAUGUUCGGAAAAAUGCUCAGGAAGCAGUAUUGGGUUUUAUGAUUCAUCUGUCUUACGAAGCGAUGGCUAGGAACACGGAAAAACUAAAACCUGGAUCGAGAACAGUAGUACUUGCUGCAUUGGAUAAAUCUCGGCCAAAUUUACCUAUUAAACCUUUACCGAAAAAACAAUCACCAGGAGAAAGUAGUCAAAAAGUUGUUAAGAGUGCUGGAGCUUUGAAAGCAUCGAAAGCCGUAGUUAAGACUAAACAGAAUCAAGUAUCAUCAAAACCUGGUAGUGCUCGUAAAAAAGACGACGAUGUCGAUACAAGUCCUUUAUUGGCUAUUAAUAAUCUCAAACACCAAAGGGUGAUCGAUGAGCAAAAAUUGAAAGUCCUGAAAUGGAACUUUACUACACCCAGAGAAGAAUUUGUUGAACUUUUGAAGGAACUUAUGACUGCUGCAAAUGUAAAUAAAACUUUAAUAGCAAAUAUGUUUCAUUCAGACUUUCGAUACCAUCUUAAAGCUAUUGAAGCAUUAACUGAGGAUCUGCCUGAUAAUAAUAAAGCAUUAGUGUCUAAUUUGGACCUUAUUCUCAAAUGGCUGACGCUAAGAUUUUUUGACACUAACCCUUCUGUAUUAUUGAAAGGUUUAGAGUAUUUGCGAAUGGUAUUCAAUCUGUUGAUAGAAGAUCAAUAUCAUAUGUUAGAGAACGAAGCAGCAUCGUUUAUUCCAUAUCUCAUUAUCAAAAUUGGCGAUCCAAAAGAUGCUGUGCGUAACGGAGUUCGGGCUUUAUUUAAACAAAUAGCAUUGGUGUAUCCAGUAAGCAAAUUAUUUUUGUAUGUGAUGGAAGGUUUAAAAUCUAAAAAUGCUAGACAAAGAACAGAAUGCCUAGACCAGUUAGGGUCUCUUAUAGAAAAUUAUGGAUUGUCCGUGUGUCAACCAUCUGCGUCUGUAGCAUUAAAAGAAAUAGCAAAACAAAUAGCAGAUCGUGAUAAUUCUGUUCGAAAUGCUGCUUUAAACUGUAUCGUUCAAGCAUAUUUUCUUCAAGGAGAACGAGUGUAUAAACUUAUUGGUCAGAUAUCUGAAAAAGAUCAGUCAUUAUUAGAUGAGCGUAUAAAGAGGGCUGCUAAAAAUCGUCCAACAAAGUCAGCUUCAACUAACAGACUUUCGGCCCCUUCAAGUGCAAACCCAAUUCCUUCCAACGAAGAUGUUAAGGCAGAAUCUGAAGAAGAAAAUGAAGAAAUAUCUGAGCCACAAUCUACUCCACCACCGCAACCACCACCACAACAGAAUGAACUACAUUCUCCAACAUUGUCGCAGUCAAAAGUAACAGGUCCAUUUGGGCUUGACAUGGAUUUUUUGAAAAGAAUCGAAUUAGAAGCACCUGUAAAGUAUAGCAAUCCUGUUCUUACAGAGGUUAAUUUAGAUGAUCUGUUUGAAGCUCCGAAUGCGUUAAAUACACCCAAAUCACCGGUGAUUUCGAUUUUUCCUCCGAAAUUGUUAGUGUCAAAGUCCGCAUCAGCAACACAACAAUUAGGUACAGUUAACGCUAGUAAAGAUGAUAGUCUUGAACGCAAAAUUCUUGCAAUGUCUAGUUUGGACUUAUCUGUUGCAAUACAAGCGAUGAACAGCAUAGACAACUUGAUAAAAUCUCAUCAAGUUUUAAGUUUGCAGUCAAAAGAAGAUCAGUUUAUUGGCUCGAUAAACAUGCAAUUAAAAUUUUUACAAACGUAUCCUUUACAACAAGAGGGUACAGAUAUCUCUAAAGGUUUUAGAAACACAUUUAUGGUUAUACUAGCGUUCUAUGAUACUGGAGUUCUUGGAAAGAAUGUUCCAUUGAUACACUUAAAAGAACUUGUGGAUCAAAUGAUUAGUUUGUUGGCUGAGAACAAAUUAAAUCAUCUACAUCAGGCAGAAGUGUAUUAUCGCGUGAUCAAUAGUAUUGUUUGCAAAAUAAUAGACAAUUCAAAUCAUACUACUAUUAUAUGUGCAUUAAUAAAGUUACUUCAUGGAUGUGCUGAAUCAACUGCACCUUCCAAGUACGAAGAAUUAGUUAUGAAAUGUUUAUGGAAAAUAGUAAAGACAAUUCCUAAUUGGGCUGCAGAUUUAAAUUAUGAUACAAUUCUUUUAGAAGUACACCGUUUCCUUAAAGAUUAUCCAACUGUGUGGUGGAAAAAACAAGAGUCUGAUACUCCAUUGAGGACAAUUAAAACAAUUCUUCACAGUAUGACUCGCGUGAAAGGUAGUACAAUACUCAGUCAUCUAACACGAAUAAAUAACACAAAAGAAUCAGAAUUGCAUUCUUAUCUCAUAAGGCUAAUUGCGGUUAUAAAAUCCAGUAAUAGUGGUAAAACUCAAGAACAUUUGUCAAAGUUUACUCAUCAACAAUUGUCCGAAAUAUUUAAAAAGAUUGGAUCUAAAGAACACACGCGAGAGGGUUUAAUGCAGCUAUAUGAUUUUAAACUUCAAUAUCCUGAAGCGGAUGUACAACCUUUCCUGGUAAAGUCUCACCAAUUCUUUCAAGACUUUAUAGAACAAGGAUUAAGAGACAUUGAUCAAGCACGAAAAAAUCAAAAUCUUAUACCUCAAACCAAUAAUCAAUACUCAACAGAUACAGCUGAGCCUGUUGAUUCCGAUGAAAAAUGCCUAAUGGAUCCAUUACAUAGGCUCGAAAAACUUCGAGCAACUGAAGCACAAUGUAGAACAACUACCAGUCAGCCGAGUCCAACAUGAAUUAACUUUUCUUAAUAUUAAUUAGGAUUGCAGUUCUUAAACUGAAUCAAGAACCAAUAACACAUAAACAUGAUAUUAAAUAAAUAGGACAUAGGUCACAAAAAGUAAUGUACGUAAGGUUAUACUGUUCAGUGCAACAUUAACUGUAGCAUUUAUGUUCAAUUUUGUUAGUAGUUACAUAUAGGUUAUGCUGCUACUAAUUAUAUAAAGUUUAUGUGUUAUAAAACGUAAUUACGAACGUGUUAUAUUACUCAUAUUUAUGGCUAUUCAAAAAUUGUAAUUAAGCUAUAACAAGCUAGUAUUAUGCUGUCUCUUUAGACUAACUUUAUUACUAAUUUUUACUUCAUUACUUUCUUAAAAUUAAAUC